UAGGAAGGUGGAGGAGAGGGAGGGAGAUGGGAUUGCUUUCGUGUUUGUUAUUUUCGUGUUGGUAAUUGUGGUUAAUGUGAUCAGGUUCCAUGGUGGGGGAUAGGGUUUUCAAAAUUAUCACAUUUCGAUGGAAACGGGGAUACCGUUACGCAUGCUAUAUACCCUCGACUACAAAUUGGAGAUCACGUUGAAAGUCUAUGCCCUAUAUUCAUUACUACUCUUGGGAAACAUUCUAUCAUUCUUGGGAAAGCUUGGAUGAAGCAGCAUGGAGUCACACUCAAUAUGGUAAACGACCAAGUCAUCUUUACAAAGGGUCACUGCCAGCACACUACACCAACAGACACUUUAAAAGUGAAAACUACAAGUCCCCAAGCUGAGAAGGAAAUACAAGAUAAAGAAGCUCCGAAGCCAGCCCUCCAACCUCAUUAUAAGAACAAGAACAAAUGCACUGUUACAAUGAUUGGAGCUGCACCAUUCAAUAUGCUUCGGAAGCAGAAAGGAGCUAAGGUUUUUGCAGUAUCAUUUAAAGAUAUACUCGCUGAAGAAGCAAAGAAGGAAAUGAAAGAAAUCGACCCAAAACUGAUCCUCCCAAAGGAGUUCCAUAAAUAUCUCGAUGUGUUCUCAAAACAGGCUGCAGACAAGCUCCCGCCUCACAGAUAUGCAGACCAUCACAUUGUGUUAGAAGGGAACUCGAAACUAGGGCAUGCACCACUCUAUAACAUGUCUCGAGAAGAGCUUGAUCUUGUGAAGAAAUACGUGGAGGACAAUCUUACCAAAGGAUUCAUCAAAGCUAGCAAAGCACCAUUUGCAUCGUCUCAUGAAUAAAAAAUAUACCUCCAUACCCGUAAAUAAACAUACUAUCUAUCGAGCUACCCCGAAAUAUUAACAAAGAGCCACCAACUGCUUUCCCCAUCUCCAUCCCAAAUUUCCCAAAAUCCCAAGUAUCACCGCCAGUAUCAUCAGCCACCAACACCCAUGGACUAUGGCACGAUAGACAUGGCAAACCAUCCCCUCGAUGAUGUAGAGGACAGGGCAUUCUUGCGCUCUCAAGCCCCCUCCCCGCCUCUACCACAAGGCACACCAAAUGCUACGCAAAUCCAAACACCAGCACCAUCAUCAAUGACCAACCCGCCGCCCUACACCGCCGCCCUCCCCCCAGGCACCUGCACCGCAGCAGAAUCGUCCACUUCACGCUCACAGCCCGAGCCUACACCAUCAACACUCUACGAGAAAGCAUCGGCAACACAAUGUCGCGUAGUAGAGGAUGUGGUGGGGAAGAUGCGAAAGCAGAUUGUGCAUGAAUUAGGGAGCAUAGAGAAGCGCGUGAUCGAGGAGCAGGGACGGACGUUGGAGGAGGGGCUAGGACAGCAGCUGAAGGAGGCGGUGGAGGAAGGGAAGAGGAGGGGGGAAAACAUCCACAGCUUGAGCAAGAACUCUCAGAGCUCGAUGAAGAAUACUCGCGGCUUGAGGAACUAUAACUACGUGUGGAUCAAGGAACUACAUUCAAAGCGCUCGGAUCAGCACCCGCGGCUCCAGACACCCUACUUGAAGCCCCAGGAUGCUCGCAGCUUGAUUUGCAAUACUCGAAGCUGCACCUUCAAAUCACACUAG